UUUACUAUCGAAAUAAUUAUUGCGGAAAACGUUCGGCCCGCUGAUUAUUAAGUUUAUUAUUGUUAAUAAUUAGAUAAUAGUAAAUAAACGUAGUUAUAUAUUAGCGCCAAUUGUAUUCAAAAAUGUCCAGUCUUAUACAGCAAGGCCUGCCUCUCACAUCGGCUCGUGGACCGCUGUUGCAGUUCCUGCGCUUUCGUGGCAAAAUAAAUAUACAACGACCCAAGGAUCCGCACUAUGAGCGUGCCCGCGUUAUUGCCGUCACGCAGCCCAAAUAUCCCAAAGUAUCACAGGCACUCACCUGCUUUCAGUCGCGAGCGGAACGUAUGGGCGCUCAAGUGGACAAUCCCUACAAUGCAAUCAUAGCCCGUGAGGUGCGCAACUGGCUGGAUCACUCCAAGCUGGUGGCCAUCUACCAUUUGAACUCCAUAACGUCGGACGAGAUCUUUCGGGUACGCGUGCAGCUGCACAAGCAGAACUUGCAUCUCAAAGCCUAUGGCCGGAAGAUCAUUGCACAAGCUGUAGCCGGCACGCAAUACGAAGCUAUUCUGCCCCUGUUCCACUCCAACCAUUGCAUUGUGUUUUCGCCCGAUCAGCAGCGAGUGGGCGCCCUGCUGCGACUGACCCGCAAGGUGCCGCAAAUGGUGUUGCUGGGUGGCAUUGUGGAGCAGACGCUGCUCAGUCGCAACGAGCUGAUGGACUUUGCUCAGAUGCCUGGACUCCAGGCGGCACAGGCGCAGCUGGUGCAGACGCUGAACAUGGCAGCGGGCAAUGUGGUGCAGCAGCUCCAGGCGCACCAAUGCAAUCUAAUCAAAGUGUUGGACGUGCACGCUAAGGGCAACCAGGAGCAGGGGCAGGAGCAGGCUCAGAAUCAAAAACAGGAGUCGGAGCAGGAGACGCAGACAUAAGUUACAAUUGUUAAUUAACAAUAACAGCGAAAAGAAAAUAAUAUUCCUCAUUUGUCUUUCAUACUA